AUGGAGGUGAGGAUUCUGUCCGACUGUGAGUCGGAGGGUGAGAGGAUGGUCUCGGCCUCCUCUGACGUAGAACCCACCCUCUCGGAGGGGAAUUCGCGCGCGGUGUCGCGCUCCGGGUCGGCCAGAGAGGAGGAAUCCUCAAGGGCCCCCAAGCGCGCCGCCCCCUCGUCAAACGAAUCUAUGGAGCCCGAAAGGACACGGCCCGUAGGGGCAGACCUAGAGGCCCCGGGAAGCCCUUCCCCGGUGCGGCAGGGAGAGGGCGCUCCAGCUCGUCAGAGUGGAACGCCCUCCAGAAGGAAGCGGCAGGGUCAGGCCGGGGAGUCUGAACCCGAUGGCAUGGCGGGCCUCAUGCGAGAGACCCUGGCCCAGGAGGCACGAGACGGCCUCGCAGCAAUAUUGGCGGAGACCGCCAAGUCCUCUAACCUCAAGGGGACGGUGGUCAAAGCCAUAAAAGAGGCCGUCAUAAAGGUGGAAGGAGCCGUCGAUUUCCUUCACCGUGGAGAGACGGCGACAGAGGCGGCGCGGCGGAUGUCGGAAGACAACCGCCGGAUGUGGGGGCAGCUUGCUGCCCUGGAGACGGAGGUGAAGGCCCUGAGGGGGGCCUACUCCUCUGCCAUGGCCAAGGCCAAGGCACAGAUGGCCCCACCGCCGUGUAGCUCCGCGGAGAUGCACGCGGGAGUGAGGGAGGCCAUCGAUGAUCUCAGGCGGGACAUCUUCUCCUCGAUGAGGAAUAUGAUAGACGCCCGCCUGGGGGACAUCGAAAGAUGCCUCCCCGCGGAGUACCUACGGCCCCCCCUGGGCAGCAGAACAGGGGCACCCGCCCCCGAGGCGACGCCUGCCGCCAUCGCCGUCGCCGCAGCCGCCCCCGAGCGGCCCAACAAGAAGGCCAAGAGGAAGGCUACUGCUACCCCUCCUGCGGCGCCUCCCGCCGUUCUCGCCGUCCCUACAGCCCCUGACGCGGCAGCCUCCACGUUGACUUACCAGGCGGAAACGCCCUGGUCACAGGUAGUCGGCCACAAGCCCAGAAAGGCCAAAACGGCAGCUGCCGCCCCCCAAGCGGCAAGGGCCCCCGCCAAGGCGGCCCCCAAGACGGCUCCCAGACCCAGGGCUCUCGCCACCCCGAAAUCAUCGGCGGUGGUGAUCACGCUGAGGCCCGAAGCGGUGGCGGAAAAGGGGGCCACUUACAAGGGGGUCCUAGAGGCAGCGACCGCUGCGGUCGAUUUGGGCAGCCUCGGCAUCCCGCACGUGCGGGUGCGGAACACCCAGACAGGUGUACGCAUAGUCGAGGUGUCCGUGGCGUCUAGCGCCCAGAAGGCCGACACCCUGGCGGCCAAGCUGGAGGAGGUGAUCGGGUGGCUGGCGGCAGAGAUUGGCCACACCAGAGCCCUCUGCCCGUCCAGUGUGGACAGGAGCGGGCUCUGCUUCCGGUGUGGCCUGGUGGGACACUCGGCUUCCGGGUGCACGGCAACCCCGCGGUGCUCGGUCUGCAUCGCGGCUCGCCGUCCAGCGGACCACGUAAUGGGGGGGCGAUCUUGCGCUCCCCCUCCCACCAAGGGCAAGCGGAACCUCAGCCCCCCCCCCCCCCUCCUAUUGAGGGACAAAGGCAACCUCAACCACUACGCCAGAGCACAGGACCUAUUGGUCCAGGCCAUGGCGGAGUGGGGGGUUGCGGUGGCUGCUGUGGCGGAGCCAUACAUUGUCCCCCCGCGGGGUAAUUGGGCGGGGGAUCGGGAGGAGACGGUGGCCAUAGUGGCGUCGACUGCCGGAAACUCCCACCCUCUAGUGGUGAAGGAACGCGGGUCAGGGUUCGUGGCGGCGAGGUGGGGAGAAGCCAUCCUAAUUGGGGUGUACUUCUCUCCAAACCGCUCCCUGGCCCAAUUCCAGGCAUUCCUGGAGACCCUAGAGAGGGCGGUGAGGAGGGCAGCUCCGACGCCGGUGUUGGUGUUGGGGGACCUCAACGCCAAGAGCGCGGCGUGGGGUUCCCCGGUCACCAAUGCCAGGGGGCCAGUGUUGGAGGAUUGGGCGGCAGCCUUAGGGCUGGUCGUCCUCAACUGGGGCCAUGCCAACACGUGCGUGCGGCGAAAUGGGGGGUCAAUCGUGAGCAUCACCUAG